AUGGGCAGCGAGGACGUGCUCGUCGAGAUCCACCCCCGCGAGCUCCGCUUCCUCGUUGAGGUGAAGAAGCAGAGUUCAUGUUGUAUCCAUCUUGUUAAUAAGUCAGAUCAAUAUGUCGCAUUCAAGGUUAAAACAACUUAUCCAAAAAAAUAUUGUGUUCAACCAAAUGUAGGAGUUAUUCUUCCAUUGGCAUCACGUGAUUUUACAGUUACUAUGCAAGCGCUAAAGAAUGCUCCACUUGAUUUGCAAUCAAAAGACAAGUUUCUUGUUCAGACCACAGUUGUUCCGUUUGGUACAGCUGAUGAGGGCAUUGUUCCUGCUUUUUUCUCCAAAGAAACUGGUCAAUAUAUUGAGGAGAAGAAGUUGAAAGUUGUCACUGUCAGCAUAACAGAGCCUCAAGUAGAGCAGCUCAUCAAUGGAGUUCCACAUGCCAAGGAAACAGCUGGGGUUCCUGUGACAGAGCAGACACUAGAUAAUGUGAAUGAAGCACCUAAUGUGGUGAACGAAGUUCGUAAUUCUCUGAAAGCAAGCUUUCCUUCUUUAAGUGGAACUGCUACUUUCAAUGAAAAUUCCUCACCUGUAAACGAAUGCCCUACUAUACUGCAAGAUUUUCUAGUCCCACCCAAACAAGCUUCAUUUACUUUGUCGGAAUCUGCUUCCAAUUUGCAAGAAACCUCUGUUGCCUCUAUAGAAACUCAGUUUUCUUCAACAGAAGCAAGUGUAGAUCUGAAAGAAUCUCCACCGCUGGCAUAUACUCCUGCUCCAAGUGAAGUUCCAUCGUUAAGUGAUAAAGAAUCUACCAAUGCUGAUAAUGUUCAUAUACCUCAGGUAACCAAAGAUGUUCAAAAUUUACAGAUGAAACUUAACAAUCUUGAAGUAAAACUUGAAGAGGCUAAAACUUUGAUUGUAAAAUUGAGGGAAGCAAACAGAACUGCCAUCCAAGAGCGGGAUAAAUUGCGGAAAGAGAUGGUAUUCUUGAAAAGGGCGAGCGCUGCACGGAGUCAGUCGAGCACCGGUUUCCCCCUGCUUUUCGUCAUCUACAUGGCAGUUGUUGGCAUUUCGCUCGGUUACCUUCUGCCCCUAUGA